UUAAAAUGAACUUUUUGCAAAAAAAAGAUUUUUUUAUUUUUUUUGUAAAAUCAUAUAAAACUCUAAAAAAAUUCAAAAAAUAAUUUCGAACAUAUAUAUGAUCACUAAAUGUUACUCUUAAUAGUGGACCACAGGUCCCCCUUGUAAUUAUUAUGAUUUUAGAGCUAUUAUAGUAUUAAUCAAUAAAGAAGAGUACUAAUUAAACAGAAAAUGCAAUCUUGAAAAAAGGAAAAUCUAAUUAUAUAUUGACAAAGAGUAUUCAAAAAGAACUAAAUCUCAAAUAAUUAUUUUGAUAAACCAUUCAAGAUUCAUUAACAAUAUAUAAGAUUUGGUUCACUUAUUUUGCACUCCUCAUAGGUCAAAAUAGUAAUAAAAUAAAUCAAAAGAAUUGACAAAAUCUUCAUAUUCAGAAUUGAAUAAUUUUUUGGCAAAUUGUUCUUAGUCAAAAUUAAGGAAGAACAUUUUUAUUUGGUAAUGUAUAAACAUUUAAGGAAAACGGAAUUGACUUUAAAUCCAUCUAUUAAAAACUUGACUAGAUUUUCCUAUAUUUUGGGUAUUUAAAUUGAGGAAGAAUUCAGUUUAUACCCUGUCCUACAAUAUAGUUAUUUAAAUCCUCCGCUAUCCUCGUUAGCAUCAGUUAUAAUCAUCUUGCUACUUUACAUACGAUCUUCAAAUUCUGAUAAUAAUCAAUCAGGCGAUAUCGGGAUUCUUAAAAGAAAAAAAAAAGAAGCAAGAGGUUAAACAAUGGGAGAAACAAGUUGGUAUAAGACAAGAGAAGAGAUAGAAGUAAAGUCCCCAUCGAGAGUAGACGGUAUCGACUCAAAGCAAGAGAGUUUCCAACGUUGGUCUUACUCUACUUUCCUCCAGGAGCUUGGCCAGAGACUCAACAAUCCUCAGAGAUCCAUAGCUACAUCGAUAGUCUUAUGUCAAAGAUUCUUCACUCUCCAAUCUCUGGCGAAGAACGACCCCAAAACAAUCAGCAUCAUAUGUAUGUUUAUCGCUGGAAAAGUCGAAGGGUCUCCGAGACCGGUGGAUGACGUCAUCGCCAAGGGUUACAGGGUUUUACAUGGCAAGGAACCAACGACAGAGGUGUGCGCGAGAUUGAAGGGGGCUGUGCUAACCGGUGAGAAGUUUGUGCUCUCUACGUUAAGGUUUGAUCUCGAAAUCGAACACCCUUAUGAACCGGCUCUGGAUUGGGUUAGGAGAUGGGUUAAGGUCGAGAUGGACGCUAAGAGAUUGUUUCAGGCUGCGUGGAAUUUCCUCAACGACGGUUUAAGGUCGUCGCUUUGUUUGCAGUUCAGGCCGAGUCAGAUCGCUGCGGCUGCUAUAUAUCUUGGCUCGCGCAUGACUAAUGUGAAGAUACCAUGUGAUGGGGAGAAAGAUUGGUGGCUAGAGUUCCAUGUAACGAAACGUCAACUGUGUGAAAUUUGUAACCAGACGCUCGAAAUUUACCAACAAGACUUCCUCAUUCCUGUUAAACAUGAAGCAAAGUCUAAGUUUGGUGAUGGAGGUUUAUUGAGACCGGAGCAAGGAAGAUGAAACUAAAUCUUUGUCAGGGUGACUCUUGAUGGUCAUUUAGUAUCAUAAUUAAGUGAAAAAGUCAUAAAUGUAGUCUAAAUAUGUUGUUCAAACAAUUAUUAUUAUUAUUAUUAUUUGAAUUGAUUGUUAAAUUAAUUCAAAAAAAAUCUUUUUAUAUCAGUUUGCUUGCUUUCUUAUUCUCUAUACAAAAUUUCUUCAAAGAGUUAAACUAAUCUCUUCUUUAUCUUCAAACUUCAACCUUUUUUAGCUUUGUUUGGUUCCAAACCAAUAGAGAACUUGUUUCUCACAGUUUUAUCAAUCAUGCUUGCCAAAAGAGUUGGUGGAGACUCCUUUUUUCCAUGUCUUUUCCUAUUUCUCUCUCUCCAAAUGUUA